AUGAACUUGGUCAAAGCAAUUUUUGCGGCUCUCACCAUUGGAUGGAUCGUCACCAGACCUCAUCCCUCAACCAUGGAAGAAGAGCAAGUCGUCUCCAGGCUUUUGCCGGGCAGUGUCUUUGCUCGGCAAGAUCGCCAACCAGACGCCCGUCUUAAAUCCCACUUCGGUCAACUUUGCAUGGGCAUCUGUAAGUUUGCCUUGCCGUAUCAGGUCCAUGGUCUUCAGCCAGGCCCGGCAUUGGCUCGCAUCGUACGACACAUCGAUGAUCUUGUCCUUGACGAAGCAUCUUGCAGAAACCCACCUGGUUUUGUUCGUGACAGAUUCUCGGAGAGAUCGCCAGUCCGGCCAUGGGUCACAGCCAGCCAGCCCGCCACCGCAAGAUCAGCUACCGGUCUGCUUGGGGAACAUUUGAAGCAAUCCAUCUUCAAUGGGUGCCUGCGAGUUGCUGUGCCUCACCUCUUUCGAGUGACCUGCAUGCUGAGCUAA